AUGAUAAAACAAUAACUAUUGUAAAUUGGUUCAGCAGAUUCCUUUUUCAAUGAUCAUACUUCUUUAUAUUCAUUCCAUUCUAUUCAUCCUUUUGUUCCGUAAUAUAAAGGUGAGUUUUAGAUUAGUUAUUAAAACAGAUUAGUAAUAAAAAAUUUGGCAAUAGGAUCAAAUUUCAUUAGAUUUGGUGAUGAUGUAUAAUAAAUUUAUUUGUAAAUAGAAAUUUAUCAAUUUAAAGAAUGUUUGCAUGUAAAAGAUUGUCCAUCCAAAAACAGGACUUUUUGGGAUUAAACUAUCGAAGAAUGGAGUGGAUUUAGAUAUUUUUGGUUUAUAAGAUUAGUGGAUUGAAAUGAUGAAAAAAUAUACAAUACAAUUUGAUUUUAUUUAGAAGUUUUAACUUUUAAAUAAACUUGGAGAAGGAUAUUCAACAAUUGUAUAUCUUUUUAUAAAAAUUUUAGGUAUAUAGAGCCAGAAAUAAAUUGACAAAGAAAGAGUAUGCAGUUAAAGUUUUUGAUAAGAAAAGGCUUCUAAUUAAUAAAUUUGAAGCAAAAAAGUUCUUAAAAGAAUUGAAAAUAAUUAGAUGCUUGAAUAAUCAGAAUUUACUGAAAUUGUAUGAAGUUUAUGAGAGUAAUAAUCAUAUAUACUUAAUUUUGGAAUUAUUUACAGGUGAAAAACUCGCUUCUAUUACUCAAAAAUAAUAAGCAUUAACAGAAUAGGAAAUUUUGAUAAUAAUGAGACCUCUAUUCUAAGCUGUUUAAUAUUUACAUGAUCUUAAUAUAUUUCAUAAAUAGAUUAGUACUUAAAGCAUAAUAUUUAAAAAUAAGAAUGAUUUAUAAAAUCCUUGUUUAAUUGAUUUUAACUAAGCUAUUUAAAUAAUAGAAGGGGAUUAAGAAGAUCAAUAAACAAUAUCAGUUAAUCCUGAGAAACAAAUUUUAUAUUAUAUUAAAUUUGAUGUUUUAUCUUUGGGAAUAGUAAUGCAUAAUAUGUUAACAGGGAAAUAAUUUUAGAUAAAUUAAGCUAUUGAUGAUGCUAUGAUGAAUAAAUUCAGAGGAGCAGAAGAUUUAUAAUUUAUUGAUCCUCCCUUAUCUGAUCUAUGUUUUGAUUUCUUAAAUUCAAUUUUUAAUUAAGGUAUGAAACCAAAAACUUGUAAAUAAUUAUUGGCACAUCCAAUAUUUGAUCAAGAAAAUCAAAAAACAUAAAGAAAUUUAGGAAUUCAUUUAAUUGGAAUUUUAAAUUAAAACUCAAGUAGAUUUCGAAUAAAUUCUAAAUAAUCUCAAAGAUCUCCAAAAGCAAUAAAAGUAAUUUCUCUAAAGAAAGAUUUCAAUAUAUUAUCAAAAAGUCCAUCAGAGAAACCUAAUCUCAAUAGUGAUUACUUUGAACCUCCUUAAUCUCAUCUUAUGUUCAGAAGAGGCAGUAGACAAAAAAGAACCUUGAAUUUUAAUAAUCAUAAUGAAAUUAGUAGUUGA